AUGUCGCAUAUGGUAAAUCCUCUGGCGACGCCAGACCAGCUCUACCAACGGCGCUCCUUCAGUGCGCUUCCCACCGAGCUGCAAGACGCCAUCUUCUUUUCGACCCAAUGCCUCACCCAAGCAGCCGGUCUGCUCCUCCAGCUCCCGCAAUCAGUCACAGCCCAAGCGAACGUCAUUAUUGCGCGAUACUGGCUAGAAGAGCCCAUGAUGUCCCAUGAGUUUAGUGACAUCUCGGCCGCCUCCGUUUAUCUAACCGCCAAACUCUCUCCAUAUCCUCGCUCUCCACGCGACCUCGCUCUUGUCUACAACUACCUCCUCUCUCCCUCCUCGACCUUCUUCCAACCGCUUGCGAGCGCGUCCGGCGACUCACCACCACCACCGCCAACCAACAUCCCAAACGACUACUACCUCCCCGAGCACAUCUACAACUCAUUCCACACGCGCAUGCUGGACUGCGAAUCCCGCAUCCUCUACGCGCUCUCCUUCAACACACACGUAUCCCUUCCCCACCCACUGGCGAUCACAUACCUCCAAGCUCUCGACUUCCUCAACACCUCCAAGUCCACAGUAUCGAAACGAACGCUUGCGUACCUAAACACUGCGCUAUUGUCGCCGCAGAUGCUAUACCUAACCAGCCAGCCGAACGCGCUGGCUGUGGCGGCUAUCUACAAUGCCGCUAAGGAUGUGGGCGCCAAGAUGCCCGAGUGCGAGUGGUGGGAGGUGUUUGAUGUGGAUCGGGAGGAGCUGGGUUUUUUGGUGGUGGGUAUGAGGAGUGUAGACGGCUGGGGGAGGAAGAUGAGGGAGGAUGUGGAAAGGAUUAAGGCGGAAACGGAGAGUGGGAAAAGAGGGGGCAUGAUCAGGAGGAGGGAUGUAGAGGGUGAACUAAGGAGGAGGGGGCUGAGUGUUGGGAAUGGUUAUGCCAAAGGCGCUGGCGGGACCGGUGCUGGAUCUGAGGAGCCGGUCGAUAUGGAAGCGGAAAUGGCUAGGAGGAUGGAUGAGAAGAUGGCGGAGAUUGAGGGCAGUGCCUCCUGA